GCGUAAGUCCAUAACAGGGCUGCAGCUGUCUGGGAGCAACAAUAACAAGCUUUAAUUACCAGUAACUUCAAAGCGACCGAAACGUUAGAUGACAGCGCCAAAUUCUGCCAAAUUCCGCAAAAUGUGGCUCUAGAAAUCAUUUUCGCCAUCGUCUCUUCGUCCCCGGAGUCGAAUUCUUGUGUUUUUUGUUGUUGUUGUCGUUUUUUUUUUUUUUUUUGACGCAGCAACCAACCGCGGCGAAUCAAGCAGCAGACUCGGCCACAAGGGAACAACACAGUUUGGGGGUUUGCAUCUGGGUCAGUGGGCCUGUCGGCGGCUCUGCCGGUGUUUUCGUUGCCCCGGAGUACUUCCACCGUGUCAGUCGUUCGUUUUUGUUGUCGAGCUGUGCUAACAUGCAGGCUAACGGGGCAGCGGGAGAGCCUGAAGUGUCAUGCCGAAACGGCACCCAAAACGGCGAGUCCUCCGCCGCCGGGGCAGCUCACUCCAAUGGAGUUGUGUCAGGCGGCAACAAUGGAAAUCCCGUCAGUAACAACAACGGAGUGUCAGUCCAGCCCGCGUCUAACAACAUCAACAACGGCUCCACCGACAUCAACUGUGGCGUCAAGAAGAAGAAGCGCUUGUCUCAGUCAGAGGAAGACGUCAUCCGGCUCAUCGGCCAACAUUUACACGAUUUGGGUCUCAAUCAGACGGUGGACCUCCUUAUGCAAGAAUCUGGCUGCAGGUUGGAGCAUCCGUCAGCCACAAAGUUUCGCAAUCAUGUCAUGGAAGGAGAGUGGGAUAAGGCUGAGAGUGACCUAAAUGAGCUGAAGGCACUGAUGCAUUCCCCUACUGCUAUUGUGCGCAUGAAGUUCAUCCUCCUGCAGCAAAAGUAUUUGGAGUAUCUUGAGGAUGGCAAAGUCUUGGAGGCUCUGCAGGUUCUCAGAGCUGAGCUCACUCCCCUCAAGUACAACACAGAGCGCAUUCACAUUCUUAGCGGGUACCUGAUGUGCAGUCACGCAGAGGACCUGCGAGCCAAAGCAGACUGGGAAGGCAAAGGCACUGUAUCCCGAACAAAGCUGCUGGAUAAACUCCAGACAUACCUUCCUCCGUCUGUGAUGUUGCCCCCUCGCAGACUGCAGACGCUGCUGAAGCAGGCGGUGGAACUACAACGAGAGCGCUGCCUCUACCACAACACUAAGUUGGACAGUGGACUGGACUCUGUUUCUUUGCUGCUGGACCAUGGCUGCAGCCGGAAGCAGUUCCCGUGCUACACUCAGCAAAUACUUACUGAACACUGCAAUGAAGUCUGGUUCUGCAAGUUUUCUAAUGACGGCACAAAACUGGCGACUGGUUCCAAAGACACAACAGUCAUCAUUUGGCAUGUUGACACGGAAACACGUCAAGUGAAGCUAAUGAAGACUCUGGAGGGUCACGCGUACGGAGUCUCGUACUUGGCAUGGAGCCCUGAUGAUUCCUAUCUUAUAGCAUGUGGUCCUGAUGAUUGCUCCGAGUUAUGGCUGUGGAAUGUACAGACGGGGGAGUUACGAACAAAAAUGAGUCAAUCUCAUGAAGAUAGUCUCACGAGCGUGGCAUGGAAUCCAGAUGGCAAACGCUUCAUCACUGGUGGGCAGAGAGGCCAAUUCUACCAAUGUGACCUGGAUGGAAACCUACUGGACUCAUGGGAAGGAAUUCGUGUGCAGUGCCUGUGGUGUUUGUGUGAUGGCCGGACUGUCCUUGCCUCUGACACUCACCAGCGCAUUCGUGGUUACAACUUUGAGGACCUGACUGACAGAAACAUAGUCCAAGAGGACCAUCCCAUCAUGUCCUUCACAGUCUCCAAAAAUGGAAGAUUAGCUCUGCUGAAUGUUGCUACCCAGGGAGUGCAUCUCUGGGACCUGCAGGAUCGGGUGCUUGUGAGGAAGUACCAAGGAGUAACACAGGGCUUCUACACCAUCCACUCCUGCUUUGGAGGUCACAAUGAAGACUUCAUUGCAAGUGGCAGUGAAGACCACAAAGUUUACAUCUGGCACAGGCGAAGUGAAUUGCCUAUCGCAGAGCUGACUGGUCACACCCGCACCGUCAACUGCGUGAGCUGGAACCCUGUUCUUCCCGGUCUACUGGCAAGCGCCUCGGAUGACGGAACCAUCCGGAUAUGGGGACCCGUCCCCUUCCUGGAUGUCCAGGAGGCAGACGGACUCAAUGACUGUUGCAGCAUGGACAGCUGAUGAUCUCGGAAGGUUCCUGUUGUUGUUGCUGUGAAUUGGACGAGCACUAAGACUGGUGACACUUGACCGGAUGAAGAAGUAAGGUUUUGCUGACAGGACAGCUGCAUACCGGAGGUGGUUGCUGUGUCUUAGGAGGUCCUGUGGACUCAACGGCGUUAUUGAGACUGCACCUGGAAGUCCAAGAUUUGACACGACCUACCCACCUCCUCUUAUUUAUUAUCAGAGACCUAAUUUAUUAUUUAAGUGAAAGAACAGCUCCUGGUAGAGGGCAUGUGUUGAUUUUUUUUUUUCUUUCUUCAGUCCUUCACUUCAAAAUCUCGAGACUUUACCUGCAGGAACACAGUUGAUGUGACGCUCACCCUUUUACAUGAGUAGUCAUAGAAUUUUGUUGUCAUUUUUCAAGUAAAAAAGAGAUUUUAUGGCUUUGUUUUCCUUCCACUUUCUCGCUUACGUGCAUAGAUAGAACGUUAUUUCAAGAGCAUGUUGCACAAGAUUGCACAAAAUGACGUGUUUGACGGUCCACUUUUUUGCUCAACAGUAUGUGCUCCAUCUUGUAAAGACAUCCAGUAGCUGACUUCUGACGAUAUAUUGGGAUUGUCAGUGUAGAUUCCUACAUGCCUUUGUUUUGGAUGUCCUUAAUUUAUUCAGGCUUCACUAGUUGCUCUUAUACUUGAAUCCUUGUUUCAUUGUAGCUCGUUGCCAUCGCUCCUCGCAGACUGCUGUCCACCAUUUUUUAGUUGAUUUUAGUUUUACUUGCUCCCGUAUAAGUUUUAUUCUUCAUUAAUUUUCUAAUUGCAAAUGCAUUUUAAAAUUACUUUUACAGGCUUGACUUACCUUAAGCUACCAGUCAUGAAGAAACAAAUUAGUGUCUCUUUUGAUUUGUCCUUUUGCGUAUGUGACAGAAAUUUUCUGUUGUCCGUAAAUUUCGUAUAUCAUCACUAAGUCGAUGUUCACAAAUAUUAGUGUUUUCAAAACAACGCCGCAAUAAUCUUCAAAAGCAGCUGGUCAUUGGUGGUGUUAAACAUCUUUCAUGCAGCUGUUGUGAAGGUAUGUUCAUGGCCAGUGAUUUUCAGUAUGAACAGCGGACGUUGGGAUUUUGGUCUGCAUGUGAUGUGUUGGUAGUGAACGUAUAUUCCAUAUCACGUGACUGACCGCUUUGGUUUCCUGAGGUAAUAAUAUUUUACAGUGAGCAAUUCACUUCCUACACUGUGUAAAAAUCCUAAUGACCUUGUACAAAGUCUUUCCUUUCAUAGACUCGAGUGAGCGCCCUGAUUUCUGUGCCGUAUUUGUAUUACGGCAUGUUUGAUGAGGUCAGAUUCAAAGGCGGGACAUAGGAAAUCAGUCACAGGGUUCCGACAUAUUUUGAACAAAUGUUUCAUUCAAUUGCACUGAAAACUUGAUCCAGACCAAAUGAGCAAUUUGGUACGUACAUUACAAAUGUGCAGUUGCAGCCAUAAUAUAGUGACAUUAUUAGUGGUUUUACAAAUUGCCUCAAGUGUAGGAACCCUGGUAAUCUGUCUAAAUUUAUUCAAUGAACAAACACACUUCCGUAGGUCACAGUUGUGGUGUUGAGGUUUCUGCUUCUGCUAACAUUUCUUUUUGAUUCUGUGGUUCAGCCUUCUCUUGCUGUGAGACAAAGUAGGAACUUCCUUUGCCUGCAGGUAGUUUCUGCCAGAUGUGUGUUAUUACAAGUGAUUGUACUGUUCUGUAUUGUUCUGUAUACAAAUUUUAAAUAAAGAGUCAGGGUUUUAAAAUAAGUUUUAGAUGUGCAAUGAUUUCAUGGUGUGUGUAUAUAUAUAUAUAUAUAUUUUUUUUUUAAUGACAAAGCAGCGAACAGGAACGGGUUAUGGGGGAACAGAAAAAAAAAAUACAAAAGCAACAAC